AUGGACAUAGAAUAUGUCUAUGGUAAACGGAAUGUCUGGAGAGCCGAGGGAGAAAGGGGCGUGGUCUUUGAACUGGGCUGUCAAUUCCGCGAGCUCUGCCUUUAGGCUAAUCAGCUCGCGCUAAAACCGUUGCUUGUGGAGAUUUUCCCGCCCAUAAACGAGGGGAGGAGAGCUGAGCCUGACGGGAAAUGUAGUUUACAAAUAGCCAAGCAGCUCCAAGUUUUACUAUUUUUUUUCCUUUUAAUUAUUUCUGAGUUAUAUAGAAAAGCAAUACAUUCAUUAUUGUCACAGUCAAUAAAUUUGUGAUUAGCUUUUAGAUUUGUACUGGGGGAUCCAUGUUAUAGUCCACUCAGAGUCACACUAUUGAAGGCAAUGAUAAAUUCAUGCGAAAUUUUCAUUUUACAAAACUGUGCACCAAGAAGCUUUACUAACAUAGGCUGUAAAUACAAUCAAAAAGGUUUAUUCACUAAUCAUUGAAUUGGGGUGAUUGAAAAUGUAAUUGCUGUACAUCCAGCUAAGCUAAUUUAGUAAUUUCUAGUUUUCCAGUCAUUACAAUUUGCUGUGGACAUACUUGAAAACGAGAGAAAUCUCAAUGUAUCUUUCCUGGCAAAAUAUUUUAUAAAUAAAUAAAUAAUAAUAGAUCUGGAAGUGAAGGUGGAAAUCUUCAGAAAUCGAUACCACCAGUUAAUUAGAAAAGUUAGCAAGGGAGUUGCUUUGUGAAAAUAACAAAGUUCUAUAUUUUAUAUUAUAUUACACAUCACCUUGACAAGAUUUCAAUUAUUUCUGAGAUUCAGAAAAUUCUAUUAUAUGUAACAAAAGUAUUUUUUUUUUUUUUUAAAUGGGGUCUGAAAAGGGUGUGUUAGAUACAGCGCGUGCCACCUACUUGCUGUAUCAUUAUUUCCUUCAGUGUUUUUGAGCAAUGAACUGGAGCGGAAAAACCAUUAGUACAAUCCUAUUGGUCUAUUCGGAAAUAUACAACUGUUUUGAGUGAAAGGGAGAAGGCUGGGAAAAGGAUGAAUGGGAUAUUUAUAUGAUAAUUCAUAUUGAGAUUGCUAGCGACUGUUUGCUUUGCUAGGUUAGGGCGCCAUCUUUCUGCAGGAGACGAAAUAGAAAACGGUGAAAAAAAGUAAAAAUACACUUUUGUCACAUGGCAGGAGGAUUCAUACUUUGCAGACACUUUCUGUGACCUUCAUAGAGAUGCCCCCUUUUCUGGAUAGAAAUACCGGCCAAGCUAACUUGCAUAAUUUUAUUAUGUAUGUGUGAUAUCUCAGGACAUAGCAUACAUUAGAGAGUGAGAACGUUUGGAACGAGAAAAUUCACCAAAUCACUAAUAUACUACUUACAAUGUGUAUAAUUUGUCUGACUUUGCGUAUAGCAUUGUGUAUGUGAGGAAGUGUGUAUAUAUACUGUCUGAACGUGCGUAUAGUAGUGUGUGAAUAACAGUGUGUGCAUACUGUUGUCUCACUGUGUGUCAGUGUUUGUGUACACUAGGUGUGUGUCUACUAUGUCUGUGUAUGUUAUUGUGUUAUUAUAGUAUAUAACAAUGUGUGUACAUGCCAUUUAUCAACAGAGAUAUUCUGGUUCUAUUUCUCUCAACAUUCUCCCAUCAGACUGCUUAAUACACACAGACUGCUGAAUACACACACACAUAGAUUGCUGAAUACGGUAAACACUCUUACUACUCCCAAGGGGGCAAAUGUGGCCGCAUGCUCGCAAAGUCCCUAAAACAACAAAGACAAUCUACCUUCAUCUAAAAAAUUAAAAAACCCUCAGGUGCCUUGUCCUAUAAACUCCCAGACAUAUUGACAGCUUUCCACGACUUCUAUACUAACCUCUACAACCUAAGGGACUCCCUCAACCAGAGACAUUGAACAAUUCCUGACUUCUAGUAUUCACCAGACUAUCCACGCCAACGUCCUUCCGACCCUAGACACACCCAUCUCCUCGGAACAAUUCCACUCAGCUAUACGGCACCUCCAACUAGGAAAAAGCCCAGGGCCAAAUGGCUUUACAGCUAAAUACUACAAGACGUUCAUAACUUCUCUGUCUGAGCUCUUCACACAAGCAUUCAACUCCCAUUGCCCAGUCGGCAACCUUCCCUACAUCAGCCUUGGAGGCCUACAUAGCCCUCAUACCCAAACCUGGUAAAGAGCCGACCAACUGUGAUAGCUACCGGCCAAUUUCCCUGAUAAAUUUAGAUAUGAAAAUAUUUACGAAAAUACUGUCCACCCGCCUAAAACCACUGCUCCAAACCUUGGUCCAUUCCGACCAAAUGGGCGUCGUCAUCAAUAGGGAAGCAAAACACAAAAUGCUUUCCUAUGGGCGUUUUUAAUGCGCAUGCGGCUCUUGCUGUGCAUGCGGCUCCAGUCAAGAGCGGAUGUCUGAGGGGGAGGAGAGGUCACCAGCGCCAAGGGAACCCGGCGCUGGAUAAAGGUAAGUGGCUGAAGGGGUCUUAACCCCUUCAACCCAGCAGGAGGGGGGCCCUGAGGGUGGGGGGGGACCUAAGGAUUAUAUAGUGCCAGGAAAACAAGUUUGUUUUCCUCACACUAUAGUGAUCCUUUAAAUACACAGGCAUGAUAUACAGGGGUGCAAAAAACAAAGUAAAAUAUAUAGGAAUUAAUAAAGGUAUUUUUAGACCUUGAUCAGACAGCACCAUCCUGGGAUGAAAUGCAGCCUGCAGGAUGAAAUUAGUCCAGACAUUUCACAGGUUUUACACUUAAAAUUGAAUUAGUUAACCAUUACAAUACGACCUAAAUACUAAUGCAUAAUAUAUAAUAGCUUCUUUUAUCAUCUCCGAAACAUACUUAUUCCAGAAUUAAAAUAUCAAAUGUGUGAAAUAUAAAACGUUACUAAUCACUUUUUCUUUCCUAAAUAGGCUACCUCUUAAAGCAUAGCACCAGGCAUUGCCCCAGAUAUUACCUAAUCUGGAUGUUUGUCCAGAACCUAAGAAGGGUAAGAAAUGGAAGCCAUGGAAAAAGAAUGGUGGGCUUCUGGAAGAAACUCGAAAAAGUUACCAACAAGGCAUAAAGAGACUUCGCUUUCCCCCUUCUGUUACAUCUAAAUUUGCAUUGCUUGAUGAAAGGUAAAUACUGUAUGAUCACAUGAAUCAAAAGGGGGGAAAUCUUCUGCUAUUUUUUUCUAUUGUUGAUAUUUUGUUUUAACAAAUUGACAUUUUAACCUCUACGCUGGGUGCUGUUAGAAUUAGACUGACCAUUUUGUUUUUUGUGUUUUUUUUCAAAAGCUGUAGAUAUACCUAUGUCAGCUAUGGAAAAGAGGAUAUGAUUCCUGAAGUACCAUACUAUGUUCGGGUGACCUCAACAAAAACCAACAACCUAAUGAAAUAUCUUUGGCCACCUAGGUAAGUGUAUCAUGAGACACAGAAUGACCGACCAUAAUCCUAUGCGAUCAUCCAAAAAAAACAACAACCUGCAGUGUCCUCAGUAAGCCAAUACACUGGUUCCCUCACUGGCUGUCUGUGUACACAGACAACCAAUAAGACAAGAACCACAGAUAGAGUCAGAUGUCAAUGCUCUUUCUGAACCAACAUCACUUAUCACGGAAGUACUAUGGCAACGUGACUUACCAGGCAUUACCUAAUUUCCAUAAGGAAUGCAUUUCAAAAUAAGCAGAAGCUUUUAUGGUACAAAAUAAAGUAUUUAUUGAAAUUACUGUAACCAAAAUGUAAUAUAUGAAAAAAAAUGAUCUGAUUGUGUUCACUAUAAGCUGUCACAAGUCUAGAGGGUAUUCCUUGUCAUACGUCUACAGAGAGGUAAGUGGACAGCAGCUGCAGGUAUCAUGUUAGAUAAGAUUAUUAGAAGAUGGGGGUCAGAGUUCGAUAGAGAUUAGAAUAACGAAUGGUUUGUUAAUGGGUAUUAUUUCUAUGAAUAACAUAACUUUCUUGCAGAUGUAAUAGUUUCAUUCUGAAAUGAAUGGGAGUAUUAUAAGGGUUAAAGUAUUUAAAAUGGAAAUUUGAGUUUCAUGAUUUAGUUAUUUUUCUUAACAGACAAGAUAGAAAAAUUUACAAAAACAAUGUGUGUAGCCUAACACAUUCGAAGUGAUCACAAUAAAAUAAGCAGGCACGAUACGAAGGGGUGCACAAAAAAAGUAAAAUAUAUAGGAAUUAAUAAAGGUGUUUUGAGUCCCUGAUCAAACAGCACCAUACUGGGAUGAAAUGCCAGAUUGAAUUAGUCCAGAAAUUUCACAGGUUUUACACAUCAAAUUGAAUUAGUUAACCAUAACAAUACAACCUAAAUAAUAAUGCAUAAUAUAUAAUGGCUCGUUUUAUCAUCUCCUAAACACACUCGGUUAUUCCAAAAAUAAUAUAUCAAAUGUGUGAAAUAUGAAAGUUCACUAAUCACUUUUUCUUUCUUAAAUAGGCUACCUCUUAAAGCUGAGCCUCAGAUAUUGCCCCAGAUAUCAUCAAAUCUGGAUGUUUGUCCAGAUCCCGAGAAGGGUAAGAAAUGGGAGCCAUGGAAACAGAAUGGUGGGUUUGUGGAAGAAAGUCUAAAAAGUUGUCAGCAAGGCACAAAGAGACUUCGCCUUCCCUCUUCUGUUACAUGUAAAUUUGCAGUGCUUGAUGAAAGGUAAUCAAAGGCUGGAGGGGGCGGGGGGAUUUUGUGCUUUUUCUUUUGUUGAUGUUUGUUUUAACAAACUGAGAUUUUAACCUCUACGCUGAGUGUUGUAAUAAUUAGCCUGACCUUUUUGUUUUGUUAUGUUUUUCUUAGACCUAAUACUAGCUAUGUCAGAUAUGGAAAAGAGGAGAAGAUUCUCGAAGUACCAUACUAUAUUUGGGUGUCUCCAACAAAAACCAACAAACUAAUGACAUAUGUUUGGCCACCUAGGUAAGUGUAUUAUGAAACACAGAAUGACAGACCAUAUACAUAAACAUAUACAAAUAAAACUGCAUUGUCCUCAGUAAGCCAAUACCCUGGUUCUCUCACUGGCUACAUGUGUACACAGACAACCAAUGAGAGAAGAACCACAGAUAGAGCAAGUUGUUAAUGCUGAUUCUGAACCAACAUCACAAAUCAGUGGGGAGUACAAUGGCAACAUGACUUACCAGGCAUUACCUAAUUUCCAUAAAAUAUGCAUUUUAAAAUAAACAGAAGCUUUUUAUGGUAAAAAUAUUUUUUUUUUACUGUAACCAGAAUGUAAUAUAUGAAACAUAAAUGAUCUGAUAGUGUCACUGUAAGCUGUGCAAUAAUGACUGAUAGAUAACGAGUGAUAGGGUAGCUGACGGACCGAAAGUGAAAGGAAAGCUAAUGAGGAAUAAAAUAAGUGACAAAAUGGGCUGAUGGAUGGAAAGGACACAAUUGCAACAACUUUAUUUUAACUUUACCUAUUUUAAUUGCAGGGACCCAAUCUUUUCUUCUAAGUUUAAACCUGCAGUACUUCCAAAACAAUUCAUAACAACUAAAAAGUCUGCAAGCGUCCCAGAAAAGGAAGUAGACAGAAAAGGACCAGAAAAUGAAACAAAUGAUUGUGCAGAGUAUUAUAAACAGGAUACUAUUCUACAGCCUGAACCUGUCACAAGUCUAGAAGAUAUUCUUUAUCCUGCAGUCUAUGUCACAUGUUUAAAAAACAACAAUUUUCUAGAAGGCCCUGUUUGCACUAUCAAACCUCAUACAAAUAGAUUGACAGAGGAAAUGCCAGUGAACCAUAGUCACCCACAGUCCACUUUCAGUUGUUCACCUGACCCUACAAAUCUAGAUUCACAGAACCCAGUCACAGGUCAUUGUCAUUUGCUGCAAUUUAUGUCUCUACAGCCUACAGAGGUUGUCGCAUGUUUAGAAGACAACAAUUCUCAAGAAUUCCCUGAUUGUACUAUCAAACCUCAUACAAGUGGAUUACAGAGGAAGUGCCAGUGA